GGUUCCGCUUCCGGUUGGCAGGGCACUGGGUUCCAAAAAGUAAUCGCCGCGGUGGUCGCGAUGGGGAAGUCAGAUUUCCUUACCCCUAAGGCCAUCGCCAACAGAAUCAAAUCCAAAGGGCUUCAGAAGCUGCGCUGGUAUUGCCAGAUGUGCCAGAAGCAGUGCCGGGAUGAGAAUGGCUUUAAGUGUCAUUGUAUGUCCGAAUCUCAUCAGAGACAACUAUUGCUGGCUUCAGAAAAUCCUCAGCAGUUUAUGGAUUACUUUUCAGAGGAAUUCCGCAAUGACUUUCUAGAACUUCUCAGGAGACGCUUUGGCACCAAAAGAGUUCACAACAAUAUUGUUUACAAUGAGUACAUCAGCCACCGAGAGCACAUCCACAUGAAUGCCACUCAGUGGGAGACGCUGACGGAUUUUACCAAGUGGUUGGGCAGAGAAGGCUUGUGCAAAGUGGAUGAGACACCAAAGGGCUGGUAUAUUCAGUACAUAGACAGGGACCCAGAAACCAUCCGCCGGCAGCUGGAACUGGAGAAAAAGAAGAAGCAGGACCUUGAUGACGAAGAAAAAACUGCCAAAUUUAUUGAAGAGCAAGUGAGAAGAGGUCUGGAAGGCAAAGAACAGGUGGGCAGCGAUAUCACUGAAAUCAUCGUGAAAAUUAUAACCAAAAAACUUGGAGAGAAAUAUCAUAAGAAAAAGGGCAUUGUUAAGGAAGUGAUUGACAAAUACACGGCUGUGGUAAAGAUGAUUGAUUCUGGAGACAAGCUGAAACUUGACCAGACUCAUUUAGAAACAGUAAUUCCUGCACCAGGUAAGCNAAUUCUCGUUUUAAACGGAGGCUACAGAGGAAAUGAAGGUACCUUAGAAUCCAUCAAUGAGAAGACCUUUUCAGCUACUAUAGUCAUUGAAACUGGCCCUUUAAAAGGACGCAGAGUUGAAGGAAUUCAGUAUGAAGACAUUUCCAAACUUGCUUGAGUUUGAAAAUUUGUUAACGGCAUAUUAAAGUCCUAAAGCAUCAAAUUGGUGUUCACCAUAGCAUUAUGAGACUCUACUGUGUGAGGGUGUUUCUUUUGUAUAAAUGAAUGGAUUUAUUUAAUUAUUACUGUAUAAACUUAGAGAAAAAUCUAAUUAUAUCUCGUGAAGUAUCAAAGCUAUGUAAAUUUGUCCUUGUUAUUUUUGUUUUCUUUGUAAUAUUUCCUUGAUUUUUAAUCUUCAUUAAAAGAAUGUUAUUGUAAA